ACACCUUAGCAUCAGGAAGAAAAUUCUGGAGAGGAAGGGCGUCGAGCUAUUUAGGCCGUUUCCGUCUGAAAUUUGGACGGGACAGCGAAGAACUCUACAUCGAUCCUUGUUCCACUCCGAUCCUUUUUCAACCUGGUUCCGGACGCCGCCGCGUCCUUUUCCAAAUACAAGAACGUGUGCCGUAUAUAGCAAAAGUGCAGACAGAUUUGUGGACGAACACAGCCUAAUUAAUCCUCCCGUUUCCAAUUUCGAUCUCGACAACGACCGGAGCUCCUCGCCCCCCCGCCGCGUACGUCGUCGAAGCUGCUGCACCUGUCGUCCUCAACCUGUGAUCUAUCUCUUCUUGCAACCCAGUCGUCUCGUCUCUGGCUGACAUGGCAGAAGGGGAGGAGCAGAAGAAAAGCGGAGAAGAAGGGGAGGAGAAGAAGAGCACGCACCCGCCGGGUUUCCGGUUCAUGCCGACGGACGAGGAGCUCGUGGAGUACUAUCUCCUCCCCAGGCUGCAGGGCCGGCCGCACGUGCCCAAUGACUGCAUCAUCGAGGACAACGUGUACCGGUGCCACCCGGACGAGCUCAUCGACGGGCACAAGGAUAAGGGCGAGACGAGCUGGUACUUCCUGACGCCGAGGUCUCGCAAGUACACGAAAGGCGACAGGCCGGACCGGUGCACGGACGACCACCGCGGGCGUUGGAAGGCGUCCACGGGCAAAACGGAGAUCGAGAAGGAGACCGUCGGCAACGUCAGGGUCAAGUUCUUCGAGAGCACGCUCGGCUACCACGUCGGGCCCGUCGACACGGAGACGAAGACCAAGUGGCUGAUGCGCGAGCUCAGCAUCAAGGACUUCCAGAUCAAGCUCGACCAGAACAGCAUGAAGUUGGACGAGUACGUCAUGUGCAGGAUCUACGUGACGCCGAGGCACAAAAGCAACAACGACGACGAGGCGGGUCCGAGUGGCACUAGCACGUGCCAAGAACAAGAAGCGAGCCCGGCCCCGUCGCAGCCCGAGCCCGUGGAAAGCGGCGCCCAAGCACAAGGGGGAGCGGCGCCGAAUAAGCUUUCGGCGCGGCAGAAGGGCAAGAGGCCCGUGGAGGCUAUGCGGCGGGGGCCCAUGGCUACGCCCAAGCGGGGGAGCCCGUUGGACCUGCUCCUCGGCCCACCAGCGCCGCUGCACGCCGGUGGCGGCAUGCAGCCGCCUUUCUGGCCCGGGCGACCGAUGGUGAAUAGAGCCCGUACAUCAAUGAUGGCAUUCAGCGGCCGGGUUGGGCCCAGAGCUCACACAUCGAUGCCGCGGCCGCCUAUGGCGUUCAUGGGCCAGGUGCGGCCCAGCGUUCACGCAUCAAUGCCGCGGCCGCCGAUGGCAUUCAGCGGCCAGGUGCCGCGGUUCCGGGCCGCGCACGGCGCUGCUGCAGCUGGGAAUUUCGGUCAGGCAAUGAUGAUGCAACGACACAUGAAUCCGGCCGGCCAAGCGUUCAGAUUACCGCCGCCGCCUACCGUCACGCGAUCCCCAGAGGAGCGGAUGCAGCCGGAGACGGAAGAGAUGAGCGAGCAGCGUGUGCUUCAACAACUUGAGAACGAAUGGAUGAUGCAUGCCGGCGGCAUGGUGCAAGCGCAACAGCAGCCAGCUACAGGUAAUGUGGCGGCUUACCCGACGCAGCCGAUGGCGUUCACGGAGCAGCACGAGUGGAUGUGUGGCACGAUGGAGCAACAACCUGGUAAUGUAACUUACGCCACGCAGCAACCGCACGAGCCGAUGGCCUUCUUCGCCCAGCAGGAGCAGGAGCAGCAGCUAUACUUCGACGGUGACGACAACCGUCAUCAAUAUUUGGGGCAACCCAUGGUACUUCAGUCUGAGUUUGAGUUCACGCCUUGCAACUAUCAACAUGUCGAAGUUGGACAGCAGUUCCAGAGUGGUUGCGCCGUCGUCGUCCCAGAUUCUGCCGCCGCAACGACGCCGCUGGCGGCGUCGACGGCCGAGGUGCAGAGGGCGGAGGAGCCAGAACCGGAGACCGGAGCCAGAAUGAGGGGGCAGACGUCGGAGGGGAAUGCAACCACGAUGAGGGGAAGCGCUCUGUUGAGUUGGCAACAACGAACCGGGGUGUUGCCAGACGGGACAUCAGCUUCCGCUGAUGACGAUGGCACCCGACAUGAUUCGCAACGCUGAUCGAUGCUGCGAAAUUUGGGUCGGGACGGGAGUUGAGUGACGGAGUGAC